AACUCAUUGGAACACUUUGGCUGUAUGACUAUAAAAUACCAAUGCCAAAGGUUGAAAUUCUAGUUCGAAAAAAAUAGUUUGUGCUUGACGUCAUGCGAGCGAUGAGUAUUUAGCGACAGUGAUUUCAAUAUUUGGUGGUGUUUUAGUGGACUUAAUAUUGAUGUUUCUAGUGAAAUAGCAAAAAUGGAGACCGAAAGGAUGAUAGAAGAUACCAUACCGCCUCAGGUGACAUCGAUCACGUGCGUGGACUCGGGCGUGCGGCCGAUGCCGAGCAGUGCUGCGUACGCCGCCGAGAGGGACGCCUGCCUCAACUACUUUACGAGAUGGAACGAAACCGACCAGGUGGAGUUUGUAGAACAACUGUUGGCGCGCAUGUGUCACUACCAGCAUGGGCAUAUCAACGCGUACCUCAAGCCGAUGCUGCAAAGAGACUUCAUCAGUAUGCUGCCCAAGAAAGGUCUAGACCAUGUAGCCGAGAAUAUCCUGUCAUACCUGGAUGCCAGUUCCCUCUGUGCUGCCGAGCUGGUCUGCAGAGAGUGGCUGAGGGUCAUAUCUGAGGGUAUGCUGUGGAAGAAGUUGAUUGAGAGGAAAGUGAGAACUGACUCGCUGUGGAGAGGUCUUGCUGAACGGAGAGGGUGGAUACAGUACCUAUUUAAACCGAAGCCAGGUAGCCAGCAUCCGUCCCACUCGUUCUACAGACAGUUGUACCCCAAGAUCAUUAAGGAUAUACAGAGUAUUGAGGAUAACUGGCGAAUGGGCAAACAUAACUUGCAGAGGAUAAAUUGUAGAUCAGAAAACUCGAAAGGCGUCUACUGUCUACAAUACGACGACAAUAAAAUAGUUUCCGGUUUAAGAGAUAACACUAUUAAGAUAUGGGACAGGAAAACAUUACAAUGUGUCAGGGAACUCCAAGGUCACACAGGGUCAGUACUAUGCCUUCAAUACGACGAGCGAGCAAUAAUAUCGGGGUCUUCAGACAGCACCGUCCGAGUGUGGGACGUGAACACGGGCGCCAUGCUCAACACGCUCAUACACCACUGCGAGGCUGUGCUGCAUCUCAGGUUCUGCAACGGCAUGAUGGUCACUUGCAGUAAGGACCGUUCGAUAGCGGUUUGGGACAUGACAUCGACCACAGAGAUCAUGCUGCGAAGAGUGCUGGUCGGUCACCGAGCGGCCGUCAACGUCGUGGAUUUCGACGAGAAAUAUAUUGUCAGCGCCAGUGGGGAUCGUACUAUUAAAGUAUGGAACACAUCAUCGUGCGAGUUCGUUCGCACCCUGAACGGUCACAAGCGAGGCAUCGCGUGCCUGCAGUACCGAGACCGACUGGUGGUCUCGGGUUCAUCCGACAACACUAUCCGACUGUGGGAUAUUGAGUGCGGACAGUGUAUACGGGUGUUGGAGGGCCAUGAAGAGCUUGUGAGGUGUAUACGAUUUGACAACAAGCGGAUAGUGAGCGGCGCUUACGACGGUAAAAUCAAAGUGUGGGACUUACCCGCAGCACUCGACGUGCGUACGCCGCACCAAGAGCUCUGUCUGAGGACACUCGUGGAGCACACGGGCCGCGUGUUCAGACUGCAGUUCGACGAGUUUCAAAUAGUUUCGUCCUCACACGACGACACGAUCCUCGUGUGGGACUUCCUGAACUACGGCGGGGCCUCGCCCGCGCCCGCGCCGCCGCUGUCACGCUCCUCCGACCACGAGUUGGUUGAUCAUGAUCUGUAUGAUUAGUUAUUUAUUUAAGGACAAUAUAAGACUUGUACCCCAGAGGCGUGGCCUCGUGACAAACGUCACUUACGACUGUUUACAUCGUUACCAUGACGACGGGAUAACGGCAUCGCCACACUUCCUACGAAAACCCGGACUUUGUAUAAACUAGAAGAUUAAUUUCUUCAAAAAGUUCAAGAAUAUUGUGAGUUCUAUAACUGUAUUUUACGUGAAGAAAAUAGUUCGCACCAUAUAAAUUUGCAAUUGAAUUAAAAACUAUUCUAAUACAAAAAGCGUCAAAAAAUUCGUCCCCAUCGCUGUCGACUGGGAGCGUACCCAAGAGGCUGGCAGCAUUACCUCGUUGGAUCGCCAUGCUGAUUCUUUGUCCGAGGUAAUAGCCAGCCUUUUGGUCAACCAGCCGCCUAGAUAGAUCUUUAAAUAGGGUCCUAUGACCCGAGUGUUUCAACCCCAAACGGUUCGAAAAUAUUUUCACAAUAUUUCCAUGUAUUGGGUCAUGCAUGUGCAGUACAGUUUUAUAUACAUUUUUGGCUACUGUGGAGCCAAUAGGCAUGAUGACAGGGUAAAAAAUUGUGAUUCUUAUUAGUUCGCAUUUUAGACUGACCAAAAAUAUUCGCCCCUUUUUUUUAUUUUCACAAAACAGUAAAUAUUUAUUUGAGAACAUUAUAUUUAAGAACAAUAGAAAGUUUACAAAGAUUGAGAGUACUCAGACGUGACGUAAGACAAAAUUGAAUCGUGUUAUAUCUUCGUUGUUUUUUGUUUGUGAGAGAAAAUAAAAAAUACGUGUCCAUUAUUUUAAGGUUAUCUAAAAGACGGAUUAAUUACUUUUUUCAGUCAUCAUGCCUAUUGUAGAUAACUUCAGACAAGCAAAGUUUCUUGACUAUAUAUGCGUGAGAGUCAAAUGCCUUACUUCAGAAUUGCAAAUUUAUGUGAUGCGAACUAUAUUCAUGGUAAACUUUUGUAACGAAGACAAUGUGAAUGUACAUUUACACACAAGUAUGUUUCAACCGCUUUCGUGAGAUGAAACAGCUACAAAGUGUUGAUCACAAAACGACAAUAAAUUGAACUACACAUUCUCAGUCUCCAUAUAAAAAAUCCUGAUCUCUCUCCGGUGGUGUCAGAUUGCCGUCCCAUCGCGCCAUGAGAGUGAAGGAACAGUGAGUGCACCUGUGUCCAAGCAAGUGCUCGUGCACUAUAAUAUGUCCUGCGCAGCUGACUGAUCUCCUUAUAUGAGAACAGCCGCUGUGGCCGAAAUCGGCCGUGGUCGCCCGUGAUAAAAAAUAAUUUGAAUAUAUUUAAUUUUCCUCUUUUGCUACAAGUUUAUGCUAAAAAUAAUAAUAAUUGCUCCAAAAAGUCAGUCUGCAAGAUAUCACAGGUUAGUUAACCAAACCUGUUUGUUUAUAUAGUGUUCUAUUCAGUUUCCAUUUGUGAUGUUUUUUUUGGAAAACACUUAAAGAACAUACUUACAUACUAGUAUUGUUAAAGUAUCCAAUUAUUUGUCGUAUUGUUAUCAACGUUUUGUAUAAUACCCACGGUCUAUCUGCUAACUUACAACCAGUUUCUUCAUCAAAAGUAAAAGCCAAAGUAAUGUCAUAAAGUAAAAGUAACGGUCAAAUUAGCUUUUUUCACGAUUUUAACUAUGAGUUAGUGCUGGAGUGGAGACCACGGACUAGCAAGCGCAGCGUAGGACGUCCACCAACGAGGUGGACAGACGACCUUAUGUCAGGUCGCCUCCAACAGGUAUCUGUGGAGAUCUAAGGGGGAGGCCUAUGUUCAGCAGUGGACGUCCUAUGCCUGAGAUGAUUAUGAUGAUGAUGAUGAUGAACCAUGAGUUUUGCUGUUACUUUAGCCUGAAAAAAAAAACGAAUUAGAUUUUUUACUUUUACUUUAUGAAAGUACUUUGGCUUUUGAUGAAGAAACUGGCUGUAAGACUUGAGAAGAUUCGUAAAAUUGUUUGUUAUACUGUGGAUUUCAAUAACUUAUGUAUCUGUAGAUGCUGUUUCCAGAGAUAGGAUGCUGACAGUCCCAUACAAGUUAUGAAAAACUCCUAUCUCUAGAUAAAACCACAGAUAGAUAUGUUAUUGAAAUUGACCAAAAUCUAUUUUUAUAUAAAAAAGAAGGAAAUUGACAAAUACACUGAUUUACAUUUCUUAUAGAAUGUUUUUAAUGGCUGAUAUUAUUUCAAGUUUUCGAGUGAGCUGCAGGUUUAUAAACCUAACAAGGCCUAGUGUCAGAAUUUUCUCAAAUCCGCCUGACGUGGAACAUCCUUUACAGUCGUUACGGGUAGUCAGAAGCCAGUAAGUCUGACGCCAGUCUAACCAAUGGGUAUCGGGUUGCCCGGGUCACUGGGUUGAGGAGGUCAGAUAGGCAGUUGCUCCUUGUGGCACACUGGUACUCAGCUACAUCCGGUUAGACUGGAAGCCGACCCCAACAUAGUUGGGAAAAACGCUCGGAGGAUGAUGGCGGCCUCUGACGUGGAAUAAUUCAUGUAGAAAAAAGUUAAUAUUCAUACAAAAUUACGUACAAUUUGUUUAAUGACACAGUUUAUGUGCGCAGGAGAUAGUUUACGAUCAAAAUUUUCUACUGCGCAGCCAAUUGACUAACUUUAGGCACGCUGGAUGCAGGUCGCCUCAGGUAUCUGUGGAGAUCUAAGGGGGAGGCCUAUGUUCAGCAGUGGACGUCCGCCGCCUGAGAUGAUGAUGAUGAUAUACCCCGAUUUUACACUUGUAAGCAACUUACGAAGGGGUUGUACUCUGUUUAUUUUGAAAAUUAGUAAUUUUAAAGUAUCUUAAAGCCAUUAAAAAUAUUCUAUAAAACAUUCAUCAAGGAUUACGACGCUAUAUUGUAAAUAUAAAAUAAUAUUGUAACGCACUGAUGAGAAAUGUCUGAGUCCGAGUGCAGUCGGAGAAAAAACUAUAGUCUGCCUUCAAAUCUGUUCUUGACGUACCUACUGACGUUCGUAAAUGUCAUUCACACACUCAUGUGCAUCGACGAGCUUUUAUGUCCGCAAUGACGACCUCGAUGGCGCAAUGGUCACCAUGCCGGACUGCUAAACCUGAGGUUCAAGGUUCGAUUUCCGGUUCGGUCGACAUUUGUGUGAUGAGCAUGCUUGUUGGCCGUGGUCUGGGUGUUAUAAUAUGUAUUUAUAAAUAUGUAUAUGUGUAGUUUAUGAGUUGUGUUAGCACCCAUAAUACAAGUUAAUUAAUAACUUAGCAUGGGGAUAACCGACCGUGUGUGGAAGAUGUCCCGACAUUAGAUUAUGUUCUUUAUAUUAUGUGUAUCAUGUGUUAUGGAGUGUCGUGCAUCAAGCACAUGCGUGUGUGAGUGACAUUAUUACGAACGUUAGUACGUAGCUUCAUUACUUACACAAGAAUAUAUUUAAACUGUGACUAUAAUGGUAAGUUGCAUCAUUUAACUAUAACGAUAACCAAACCACAACCAGCCGUAUACUUGCCGCGCAUUGCUCACAUCGGCGAUUUGACUACUGACAGUAUUUCGGUUAUCGUUAUAGUUAAAUGGUGCAACUGGGUCCAAGGCUUGCCUGGUUUGUAAGUCCAACUAUAUACUCUUUGGUGCUUGAGGCCUCUUUAGAAUCUCUAAAUUGAACCACGAAUGAGUCUUUUUUUAAUAUUUGAAUGGAUUAUUUUUCAGUGAAGGUUUUAAUAAAAAAAGUUGUCACUUUUGUAUUUAGAACUUUAACUGAAUGGAAUAAAGUUUGUAAUUGGAAAAAUCAGCCUUGUAAGUACUUUUUUUCUGUAACUGUAAAAUAGUAAAUUCAUUUUUUUUAACAAUAUUUAAAUGAUUUUUCCUCCGACUGCACUGACAUAAUGUAAUUAGUAGAGUAGACAAAAAAAAAUAGUUUUUUUUUUCUGUUAAUAUUUUUUCGAUAAAGUAAAUGCUAGAUUAUAUUGAAAAGUUUUUUUUUUUCAUUAAAAAAAUGUGUUACGUGUGCGAUAUUCAGUGGUUUAAUUGUAAUAAUUAUUUUGUAAAAAAAUAAAUAAUAAAAAAGUGAAUUAGUGUAGGUGUAAUUUUAAUUGUAAAUUUAAUGAGGGUAGAGCGUUUUUUAUUCUUUUUUUAAAUAUUGAAAAUAUGAUGAUACUCUUUUGAACUGUCUCUGACACUGCGCUUGUCAUUUUACUUAAAAAAAAAAAGAUCUUUGUCUAUGAUUUUAAUACAUGUAUGCAGUAUUUUUUAAUUCAGCUGUGUCUAGUUAGACUGAAAGGUUAUUUGAAAAUGUUGAAUGAAAUUUCGUGUUGGUGAAAAUGUCUAUGUAUAAUUUUUUAAGCCAAAUUCUAGCUUAGGGUCCGUCUAUAUGCUCCAAACCCAGCACGGAGUAUAUAAACGGGUCUUAAACUAGAAAUUUUAAUAAAAAUUAUACUUAUUUAGAUGCCUUAUGAGUGAUUUUUUUAUAACUUGCUUGUACAUUAUUUUAUCAUAUUCCUAUAUGAUAGCUUAAAUUAUUUUAAUGUGUACUCUUUGGUCGUUUGACACUGUUAAUUCCUAAUUGUCUAUGGACGUUUUGUGAUGUAUUGAGAUACUAUAUACAAAUCUGCCCAAGAAUUUUAGACCUUAUUAGAAAACUUGGUCUUAAAAAAGUACCAUGUUUAGUACUAGUUUUAACAAAGGUCUAAACAUAGCAUUAAAAUCGGUACUUUUAAAAACUAAGUUUUAUAAUUUGGCUAGAGUUAUUUGAACCAAACUUUACCGAUAAGAUAUACGUUAGUUUUUCUUAAAAUAACUAAGAAAUAAACUGUUUAUUUUGAAACGUAAAUAGUUUUAAGAAAAAUGUCGUUUGUGUUUUCGGUGAAAUUGGCUCAUAGAGUGCCGAUUCCGAGUUUUGUAAGUUAAAACUUUCGUUACGUAAUUAUAACUUGGCUGGAAUAAACAGUCGUUUUUAACGACGUCUAAAGUCAUCAAAUGCCCCCUCCCGCUGUGGGUUACGCGCGGUGAGGGAGUGUCAGACUCUUACUGACUAAACACCGUCGUGUUCCGUCCUAGGCCGCGUAUGUACCAGCGCCAAGGUAAUGAGCGCGAACUAUCCCGCAGCCCCGGAUUGAAUAUUACAGUUUCAUUUAUUUCUACGGAUAAUAACUUUUAUUAUUUAGUGAGUGAGCACGUUUAUAAUACGACCAAGUGCCGAUGACAGCCUUUAACAGUUCUUAUAUUAAUGCUAUGUAAUUAAUUUACGUAGAGAGAGUUAACUUUCAAAACUCACGCUAGGCACAUACCGUCGUACCACAAAAACUUUUAAACGUCUGUUCAACACUUGUCUAAGUCGGAUUAUGACGUUGAAAUAAGGUCCAUUUUGAAGCCACUGUUUUUAGACAAGUGUUCGAUACAUGUUUAAGUUUUUGUAGUAUGGCUGUCAGAUUUCAAGUAUGUAUGUAAAUAUGUUUCCUUUUACAUCUAAAUAAAUUACGUUGUAUAUAAAAAAAUGUUAUUUGCUUUAAGUACUUAUUACCUUUUUAUGGACACUUUUCGUCCAUAGUUAGUAACUGCCAGUAAGAGAAUAAAAAACGCUCCUACUUAAAACUUUAAAAUGCCUUGCCUGAAAAGUAUUUAGUGACACAAUCAACUAUAUUAGAUUAAAUAUAUAUAUAUUAAUAAAUAAAUAAAUAAUAUUCAGAUAACGGGAUGUCUUUUGAACGCCACUCAUAUUAAUAGAAUAGUUUAUACAGUACAAAAUAGACCAUUUUGUGGUAGAGAGAGAUCAAGAGAUCAUCCUCCGAGCCUUUUUUCCCAACUAUGUUGGGGUCGGCUUCCAGUCUAACCGGAUGUAGCUGAGUACCAGUGCUUUACUAAUAUUAGUUUCCGCCCGCGGUUUCACCCGCGUCCUGAGGUAACUGCUUCCCGUAGCAAUAUAGUGACAAAAAGUAUCCCAAGUCCUUCUCCCGGGUCCAAGCUGCCUCCUCUCUAAUUUUCAGCUAAAUCGGUUCAGCCAUUCUUGAGUUAUAAGAAGUGUAACUAACACGACUUUAUUUUAUAUCUACUAGACUAGAAAUACCAGAAAUAUAAUAUAGAGAACACCAUUUUAUUGGUUUGUACCCUAAAGGCUCCGAAUCUACGGGACCGAUUUGAAAAAUUCUUUCACUGUUGGAAAGCUGCACUCUUCCCGAGUAACAUAGGCUAUAUUUUAUCUCGGUACGGGCAGUAGUGCCCACUGGACGCGGGUGAAAUCGCAGGAAAACAGCUAGUGACUAGAUAAAUGGUUGAAUUAUAUAUAAUUUCGUGAAAAAGAACAAAAUAUAGAGUUACUACUUUCUAAAUGGUCUAUUUUGUACAGUUAUGAAAUAAUAUAAAAUAGUAACAAGCCUUGGGACUUAAAGCAUAUAUUGCUAACGUAAGUAAUAUUUUAACAUCUAUUGUAGGAAAGUCAAAACAGUAACAAUAACAGAUACCGAAGCUACCUUUGUCUCUCAACUGUUUUCAAAAACAGUAAGAAAAAGUAUUUUUAGGCAACGAAAAAGAAUGUACCUGAACAGUAUGAUAUUUCAAUUUCAACGUUAUAAAUUAAAAGGUAUGCCACAACUUUUCAUUUUUGAGACAGAACUUAUUACACUUAGCUACGAACUUAGCUAGCUUUUUUUUGAUCUGGCAAUAAAUGCUUUAAGUGUUACAAGGCUUGGCUUAAAGCAAUAAAAUUGUGCCUAAAUGCCUAAACCUUGUGAGGACAACUUACAGGCUAUUAAUAUCUGUUUUAGCUAUCAUACUACCGAUUCUUUAUCUAGGCCCAAGUUUAUCGACAAUAUAAACGUCAGUUUUCUUAAAACAAUUGUUUACUAUGAAUAUUAUAGGUGUGAUGACAGAGUAAAAAUAUAGUGAUUCUCCUUUUACUGUUACAGCCUUUUUAUCGUCCCACUGCUGGGCACAGGCCUCCUCUCACACGGAGAAGGAUUGAGCAUUGAUUCUCAUUAGUCCAUAUUUUAGAUUAUCAAAAAAUAUUGGAAACGUAUUUUUUAUUUUAACAAAACAUUGACAGCCUUACAUAUCAAAAACAUCUAAUCAUCUUCUAAGCAUCAUUUUAACUAAUUACUACUUAAAGCCUUAAGCAGUGAUUAAGUAUUUGGGUUAAUUAGUUAAGACAUGCUUAAGCAACGUUUAUAAGUAAGAAUAUUACUUAAACAGCCCUUAAGCAUUACUUAUUAUUUAAUUCACGUUUAUGAGUAAGGCUGUAAAUAUUUACUAAAAUAUAACGCCACAAAGAUUGAGAGUGGCUCGCGUCACGUCUAUGUAAAAUUUGUACCUAAAAGUGACGUAACACAAUAUUCAAUCGUGUUAUAUCUUCGUUGUUAUUUGUUUGUGAGAGAAAAGAUAAAAUACGUGUCCAUUAUUUGAGGAUUAUCUAGAAGACGGACUAAUCCAUUUUUAACGUGACAACGUCUUAUAAAUUGGUUUGCCGGGUGACACUUCAAGAAACUGCGUUACGCUCCGCUCACGUUAUGCGCUCACAAUGAGAGCGAACGAGAGGCACGCGUCCCUUCCACUCGGGCAUGGUUAGCCCGCCUAAGAGCGAGAGAGACAGACAUAAAAAGUGAAAGGCACGCAUCCCUUCCACUCGAGCACAGUUAGCCCGCCUAAGAGCGAGAGAGACUCAAAGUCGUUGUCACGUAAAACUUUCGCCCGUAUACCGACUUUACAGGCAACCAAUUUCUUUUUUUCAUUUAACAUGCUUUUUGUCACAUUGAAUUUUCAUCUAGUAAACAUUUGUUUUAAGAAACCUGACUGUCAGUGAACUUUGGCCUAAGUCAUUUUGUCUAUUCAGUACUGAAGCUACACUGUACUAUGUAUUUGUAUUUUAAUUUCUUGUCUGUCUGUCUUUGUGUACGGGCUGUGGAAAAUAUCACUUUUUUGUUUUUCUUGUCAGAAUAAUUUUAAAACUUAUACUUCAUUUGAGUAGGCACUUAAUUAAAAAUAGACAAUCUGGUAGGACUUUUUAUUUAAAAAACAUACAAUAAUAAUAAUCAAUUGUAUCAUUAUUUUAAGCAGUCGUUUAUUUGUUAAUUAUGUAUUUGUAUAAAAAGUCAUAUCAUGAUUGUGUAUCUUUUAAGUGCCUAAUCGAAUGGAAUAUAGCCAUCUAACUCAACGAAAAAUAAGAUCAGAAAAAACCGAAAAUUUUACCAAACCAAGUUUGACCAACCGAGCUCAUGUAAGCUGAAAUGACGCAUCCUACUGCCGCAUGUAUGCACACAAGUGAUUUAUAUCCCAAAUAACUUAAAUAAUACUUUCAAGUACCCGUAAAAAGCUCUUUAAAAGUGAGACGAAGUCUGCAUUUCCUAUUUACCUUGAGAAGAAACACCGACAUCAACUCAAGAGUCAUAGUCUCUUGUAAAGUCCAACUUAGAUGAGCAAUGUAGGAUCAUGCGUACUAAUUUACAAUACAUAUUACCAAUGGUCGUCAGUUGUUAGUUUGACAUAACGACCACAAAAAAGGCUUGUACAUACAUCGAUUGAAUCUUUAUUUUACGUUGAGUUAAUUUAGACUUGAUCACAUUAAUGUCUUCUAAAACCCAAGGUCACCGACAAUAUACACGUCAGUUCUCUUAAAACAACUGUUUUCUAUGAAUUAUUAAAUUCAAUUUUAAAAAUAAACAGUUGUUUUAAGGAAAAACUGAAGUUUAUGUUAUCGGAAAACUUGUAAGCAGGUUAACCAGUCUUAAAAACUCAUUCUGUGACAAAACCAAGUGCAAAAUCAGAUUGGAAAUGAAUACGCUUUAGAAAUAUGUAAUUAAUUAAAAUAAAAUAAUAAAAAAAAACAUGAUAAUUUUGACGCUAGAUAGUUAAUUUAGGCUAAGUACAAUACAGAUUAUAUUUGGCGUUUUCAGAGGGAAAUUGGCUGUUUUUUAAUCUUGCAAAAAUCGUAGCAAAAAGUAUAGAUUGAAUUGAUUUUGAUAUCAACCUGGCAUAAUAAACUGCCAGCGUAGGUCGCCUCCAACAGGUAUCUGUGGAGAUCUAAGGGGGAAGUCUAUGUUCAGCAGUAGACGUCCGCCGCCUGAGAUGAUGAUGAUGAUGAUGUAGGUCUCUACAUUAGGUAGACUUUAUUAAAAAUUCUUUUGUUAUUAAAACUGAUAAAUUAUUAUUAAUUUUGGACCUUCAAUCUAUACCAACAAAGUCGAUUUCUCUCUGAAAGCGCUAAGCAGAAACGCGUACCAUUAUCAAAUGUGAUGUAAAAAAACACCAAUAUGGCGUUCAAAAGAUUAUAAAAAAGAUAUAUUAGAUUUUACCUUUAGCAAAUAUAACAGGAUGUAAAGAUAAUGGGAUGUUUGACUUGAAUUCCGUAAAGCUCCGAGCGUAUAAGUAGUCUUGCUUCAUUACGGAGAAAGGAAAAAUAGCGGAGGUGCCAUAAGGUAGGUAGGGCGCCUUCUUGUAGGUCAAGUAACGUAUAGUUAUCGGCACGAAUAGCUCUGACCUACAUCUGCGCAGAAGUGAUUUAUUAGCAAAGAACCAAUCCCGAGUGACGGCUAUGACGCGAUGCGCUGCGGGCCAAUCACGGCUUUAGCCCGCCCCUGCGCCUCACUUCAUACCACAAAAGGGACCCAAUUGAAUUACUUUUGCGCUGGUGAAGGUCAGAGCUCAAGAUUCGUGCCGAUAACUAUACGAGUAAACCAACAAGGUUAUUUGACACAUCAGUCGUAGAUUUUUGGUUUUACAAAAAAUGGGUGGGUUCUAAAUGAGACAGUAACAUUCCUCGUCCCCCGAACACCCGCAUGUUGUCGCGCUACUUUCUUAGGAGAUUUUCCGUUAUGACAUCUCCGCUAGUCAUUUUGUUCUCGGUUUGAAUUUUGUGUUUGGCUGCGCUAUAGACCUUUUUAGAACCAAUUCAUUUGAGAAAUAAUUUAAACUGUGAGAAUUUAGGUCUGUCUGCAAAUGUUUAUGAUAUAAGUGAAUCUUGGUACUGUGUUAGCUCAGAUUAAAGAUGUAGGCAUAUUUAUCCGAGUGCGGAAAGUUUGGUGUGUGAGCCAAACCACAGAAACUAACAAUAGUUUAAUAUCAUGAUCUGAAAUCAGGAAAGAUAGACAGACGAAGUAGCAUGAUAAUAAUCCUUUUUCAACUGACUUCCCAAAAAGGAGGCAUCUUUUAUUACCAUUUUAAAUCGAGCAAAAAUAUUGCUGUCUCUUUUUAACAAGUAUAGCGAGAAAGAGAUAGAAGAUUUAGUCAAGGUUAUGGUAGUCCUCUCUUUCUAGUUGUAUUUUGAAAGCUUGAGAUAGAAAUAUAAUUGAAGUCCGAAAUUAAUGACAUUCAAUGGUUUCAAAAAGAGGUUUAUUCAUACACAGGUGGAUCUUUCUAAGUCAAGUCAAAAUUCGGAGACUAUUUUUUCAUUUCAUUAUGUUUUUAUCAGAAAUACAAUAAAUAAUAAGAGGCUCUAAGAAUCUCCAAAACAUGUGUACUUUUUCAACACCUAUCCUUACGAUUUUCAUAUAUUAUGAAAAAUAUUUAUAUGUAUUUUUUUUCAAUUUGGCAGAAUACCUGUAUGUAUAUGCGUCAAUCUUUGAAGCGUAUAUAGAUUCAAACAAUUAAAAAAAAACAUAUUUUUAAUCUAGAUUAAUUUUAUUGGUCUUUCUGUAUAUUACUACAUUGGCACUGUAUAAAAAGCAAAAAAAAAGUAUGAUAGAAAAAUAUAAUUAAAAAAAAGUAUAGUAGUAAGAACUGAUACUUAUUUAACUUUUAAGUUUAUUAUUUUGUAUGAAUGUCCGCGUUUUUUGGUUGUGUGAAUAAAAUUUCUAUAAUAUGACAAUAAUUUUAAAAGUAUGGUUGAAAAGUAUUCAAAAUGUUGCCCAGUACGAGUGCGAUAAAACUACCAGUUCCUUUUAUUCCCUUUUUUAGUAUAUUUUUUUCAUUAGGUAACACCAGCCUUUAUGUUAUGUUAUUUUAAUUUAAUUCAAAAUGUAUUUGAUUAAGUUUUUCAUUUUCUCUUUUGUUUACAGUUUUGUUUUUGUUGUAAUCCAUAUUAAUUCUAUUAUUUUUUUCUUGAUCUCUCUUCGCUGGUGUCGGAUUGUCGAACCUUCGGACUAUGAGAGUGAGGGAAUAGUGAGUGCACCUGUGUCCAAGCAAAUGCUUGUGAACUAUAAUAUGUCCUGCGCAACUGGCUGAUCUCCUUAUAUGAGAACAGCCGUCAUAACCGACAAUCGGUUAGAAGGGCAUUAUUAUUAUUUUUAUAAAAAGUGUCAAAUAAUUUCUAACUGAAAACUGCCAAGUAUUGUGUGCUUACACAAAAAAUAAUAGACUUUAGUUUGGAUUAUAAUAUAAUUUCAAAAAUACACGCAUCAUGUAUAUUUUAAUACCGAAUUAUCGCAAUCUUUGUAUAUAUUGCUUGUUUAUAAUUAAAUUAAUUUAAUUUAUUUUA